GUGACGCGGGAAGAGAUCGAACGCGCGGCGAACGCGCGAGGAUUGACGCUGGAGACGAAGUUUUACGGACCGGUGUUCAAGAUGGAGGCGCGACGGAUGAGGACGGGGCGGGGGGGGGAGGGAGAGGCGGACGUCGUGGCGACGCACGACGGGUUCGUGGCGCCGCCGCCGUUUGGGAUAUUGCACAUGGAUAGCAUGCGCGUGUAUAACUCUAAAGUGAGCGAGCGCGAGCGCGGGAAGAUGCGAAGCACGUUUGGGAUCGCGAUUUUGCUCGGGACGAUGUCUCUGCUCGAGGGGGCGGAGGCGGGGUGUAAAAAGUGCGAGUUGCUCGCGAUCGACGACGGGAACGGGUACGCGGAGAAAUUGGUGAGGUAUUACGGUCGAUUGGGGUUUGAAACCGUGCGCGUGGUGGGCGAGAACGGAUUGCGCGAUAUACCGGAUUUAUUGGUGUGGGGUGGCGUGGGAACGCGAAUGAAUGGCGACGUGGACGCGUUGUUGGCAAAGUGGGGCGGCGUGAUUCGCAAACAGCUUUCGAGAGAUUGA